AGGUGGCCUACAGGAGGAGCAGGGCCUCAUAAGGCCAGACCACUGGGGGCUCAGCCUCCAUAAAACAGGGUGUGCCAGGGGCCUUGCAGCCGUCCCACCAUGACCUCCUGGGCCCAGCUGCUCCUUGCCUCUGUGCUGCUGGCCACCCCGGGCCUGACCUUUUCUGAUCUGACCCCUGAGGGCUCUGACCCGGUGACAGCUGACCUGUGUGGCCUCAGAGAGCCAUUCUGCCAGGACCAGUCAGGGCCCCAGGGUGACCUGCUGACCAACAGUGAGGGGCUGGGCAUCAUCUGUUUGUACUGUCGGAAGAUAAUCCGCAAACUGGAGAAAAUGGCGGGAGAGAACCCCACAGAGGACACCAUCAGACAGGCUGCGUCCCGGGUGUGCAGAAAGAUGAAGCUUCUGUACGCCCCCUGCAAGAAGAUGAUGAAAAGUUCUCUUCGUUUCAUCUCCCGGGAUAUCAUGGCUGGCAAACCCCCCCAGGCAGUCUGCGUGGAUCUCAGGGUAUGCAAACCUGAAGCAGGUCUCAUCUGAGCCUCUGAGGCCUCUGACCCCACCCUAGGGAGGAAGCACAGAAAUUCCAGCAAGCUCCUCCCUUCCUAACUCCAGAGGCUAUCCUCCAAGUCCUCUCAUCUAUCUCCUUCCACUGCCCCCCUCUCGAAGAAGAAUAAAAUGUUAUGCAAGA